ACGAUGCCUCCUUCCGCCACUGUAACUGCUCCUGCCAAAAUCAUGGAGAAAUCUACACCCAAUGUGAAGGCGGUCGUCCCAGCCAAACGUGCUGCGCCAGUUUCCAAGACAGUCGAGCCAAAGAAGGCCUCGCACCGGGCUGGUAAACCUAUCAUCAACUGGUUCCAGCGCAAACUAGCUGGUGGGAGCUCUCUUGUGAAGCCCAAACGUGCGGAAACCCAACAACUGCCGGGCCCAGGACGACCAACAUCGAUUCCAUUACGGCCAACCAACCGCGUUACUUCAGCGCCGGUGGUCAACAAAGGCCCACAAAAGUCAGAAGCUGCCCGUCGGAAAACGAUUUCGCUGAAUGAGGAGGAUGACGGAGAGUUAUAUGCCAACGACCUUGCCUCUGAACGCAACUCGUGGGCCCCUACAGAAGCGGAUGAAGAUGCUUCAAUGCGACCACUGCCACCCAGCGCCCCUCCCUCACCAUCCCCUUCUUCUGCUUCAUAUGUUUCAGACCCACGAACCUUCAGGAGUACUGCGGCAAGCACCAAGCCAACGACCCUUCUCAGUAUUGAUCUGAAUGGGAAUGGCAUGGCACAUAUCGCUCAAGCACCCGCUGCUCGUUUGCAUGUUCGCUCCUCGUCCACAGCCACCGGCGCUGGCGUCUCAUUUUCAGCCUUACCUCCUUCACCUAUCACAAACACUGAAACUGCACUUCGUAUUUUCAACGCUGUUCCCGCAGCAGCAACAACAACAGCAACAAGUCAGACACAACAACCAACUCAAUCACAUCCCGUCCCACCUAUCCAAGCUCCUCUUCACACAACUCACCAUCCACGAAAUAACCCGCGACCCUCUUCCCCACCCCUCGACAAUGCCUCUGUUCUGACUCUCGCGUCUUCUGCCUUUGGGAUGCCAACUCGUGCUGGCGUCAACACGCCUGGUUGGAGCUCAGCUCCGCCAUCUGCCUUGGGUGACUCGCUGUCUCAUUUUGGUGGCAGCAUAACGUACGCGGAUGCAGAAAGCACGAGUCAUUACCUACUUGGCGACGACGAUGUUGAUGCCAGUGUCCGGGCUCUAAGGCCCCGCAGUUCGAGGCGUGGAAGUUGGGAAAGCGAAGCUAGCAGAUGGAGUGCGCGUGUCCAACAAGGUGGGGCUGGCACUCCUUCUCUCGCUCGUGAUGGGCGUAGUCUGUGGACCUCCAAUAGUAUCCGCACUGGAGGGCUCAGUGGAGAGAACUACAUGUACGAGAAAUCUGACGAAGGGGACGACCGAAGCGACAUUGUUACUACGUCACCAAUCGACGAGCCCGCCCAGCCAACUCCGAAAUUCACCUCUGACCCAUUACGCAUUCCCCUGCCUGGCAGCUCUGACGAUCUGUUGUCUGAUAAUGAAGACGCAACUCCCGGUGAACGCCCUUCGCCAUUUCCCUGA